AUGGCUGAAACAGUUAUCACAACCCUUGUAAGUCCCGUAGUGAGCAUUGCACUGGAAAAAUUGUCUUCUCUUGCUACAGCGGAAUUUUUUGCAUUCAUUCAUGUCAAGGAUGACAUAAAAAAGCUAGAGAGCAUGUUAACAGACAUUCAACAGUUGCUUACUCAACUCAUUUCUUCUAAUUCUACCGACAUGAAGAAUUGGCUCGUAAAGCUUCAAGCUGUAGCUUAUGAUGCAGUGGAUUUGAUCGCCUGUUGGGCAACAGAAUAUCACCAGUGGAAGAUGAAGAAGCAGGUACGAAAACUCCAUCUCCCAUUCAACACUUCCAACUUUUUAUUUCAGCGGCGCCAAUUGCGCAAGUUGAGAGAAAUUAAAGCAGAAAUAAGUGAGCUGUUACAAAAUGGACAGUGCUAUAAAACCAUCAUUGGGAACCCUACGUCUAGAAGUCAAAGUAGUUUACAACCACAACAAACUGGUUCUCUUUCAAACAAUCUAGUUGUUAGCAGGGAAGAGGAUAAAAAAAAGAUUAUAGAACUGCUAAUACCAGAUGAAGAAGCCAGUGAUGGGGGCAAUAUUUCUUUUGUUCCCAUUGUAGGGAUGGGAGGAUUAGGUAAAACAACUCUUGCCCAACUUAUCUAUCAAGAUGAGAAGGUUAAAAAUUAUUUUGAGAUUAAAACUUGGGUUUGUGUAACAAACAACUUUGUCAUGGAGAGCAUUUUCAGAGAAAUAGUGGUUUCUUACAUGUCUGAACAAAAUAUUGACCAUGAUGUCAACAACUUCUCCUACGCCAAACUACAAACCCGUGUUCGAGACAUCCUGACCCGAAAACGCUUUAUACUUGUCCUAGAUGAUUUAUGGAAGAAUAAUCAUGUGGAAUUGCAGCCACUAUUGGAUGUCUUAAAUCUAGGGGGCAAGGGAAGUAAGGUUCUGGUGACUAGUCGGAUUUCAGAUGUUGCAAAUAUUAAGGGUUCAAAAGCCCCUUAUUAUUUGCAAUGUUUGGAUGAUAAUGAAUCGUGGUCAUUGUUCGCAGAGAUUGCAUUUAAAGAGGGUAGUUUUGCACAUAGUGAUGUUGAAGAGUUAAACGUAUAUGGAAAAGAAAUUGUAAGAAAAUGCAGUGGUUUGCCUUUGGCAGUAAAACAAAUGGGAGGUCUGCUACGUGGGAAAACUGUGGAUGAGUGGAAACAUAUCAUGAGAAGUGAAGCAUUGGAAGUAAAAGAGAAUAAGAUACUGCCAGUUCUUAGAUUGAGUUAUAACCAUCUGCCUUCGACUGAUCACAAGCAGUGCUUUGUGUACUGUUCCCUGUUUCCGAAAGCUCAUGUUUAUGAAAAGAAUGAAUUGGUCAAAUUGUGGAUGGCAGAAGAAUUUAUUCGACCUC